ACGGUGUAGCGACAAGCGGUGUGCACAGGUCGCAGUCGUUAGUCGAGAGUCGGAGCUGGGUCUGAUCGGAUCUACAGGUACAACACGGACGAGAUACUUUCACUGGGAUGCUGAGGGAAACGCUUUUCGUUUUCGCGGCACUUGCCGUGCUUGCUAGUGCAACUGAAGUCCAGCCUUGUGAGAAUGGGGCGCCACUAGUAACAGACGGUGUUCAGAUCACGGUUUCCGGUUGCGACAAACCCACGUGUCUAUUGAGGCAGGGUACUACAAUUAACAUACAAGCCAAGUUUACGCCUGAAAGAGCAAUUCAGAGUUUGGUGAACGACGUAAGCGCGUUACUUUUCAACGUGCCCUUACCGUUUGUGGGAGUCGACGGAACAAACGCUUGUGAAAACAUUUAUAACGCCGAAGGUAGCAAAACUGGAUGUCCGAUGCAGCCAGGCGUCGAAUAUACCUACAAAAACAGUUUCGACGUGCUGCCGAUAUAUCCCAGGGUUGCAUUGACUGUACGUUACGCAUUGCGCGAAGGAAAUGACAGAAUUAUAUGUUUCGAGCUACCAUCGAAAAUUACGAAAUGAACUGUUUUCGUUGCGGACUUCGACAAGCUAUAAUUAAAGGUCACAGUGUGAGUAGUCGGAACGAUCUGGCCUCGAGCUUACGUAAUUUGUCGAUAUUAUUGCAUGCGAAAGUAAUCGUCUCAGUGUCGAAUGUAUCACACAUAUCGUGUACGUAAAAUAUUUUUAAUAAAAUGAUUUAUAAUUUA